AUGACAAGCGGCCGUGCGUGGCUGGACAAACAACGCCUCUGCUGGGAUAGUUUCAGCUCUGUGGGCAUCCGCUACAUGGACGAGAGGCAAACAGAGACUAUCCCCAUCUACAUUAGAGAAGCUAGCAUCAAGCCUGUCAAUGAAUCUUGUACCUUUAAUUUUAUUUUUGUAAUUGUACUAGAAGAGGGUGAUGGAGCUCGUUUCUUUAUUGGCGGCAACUCGGACAAAGAAACGACAACUCUCUAUUCACAUAGCCCGUGCCUCCCGGGUGACGGCCUUACCCUUCGCAAUACUUCAGAUGGCGUUUCUUAUUGGCUUGAUUCAAAGGAUCCCGCCAGCCCCGACAUUUUCAGCAUUCGGGUCUACUGUGGACAGCUGCAGAACGAAGAGACACGCAUUCGAGAAGUUUGUAAACUCAGCUGGAAGACCCUUGAUGUUGGAUCAAGCCCCGACAUGAAACCUGUCCUUAAGGCGCCACUACAGAUCGAAUUCAUAUGGGAUGGGGCAGAGAUGGAAUUCUCUCUGUACUAUGGUGGCAUCAAACAGAGCUCGAUGGAGAUUGUCCGUGAUUGA